AUGAGCACCAAGCCCUAUCACUGCCAGCGAUGCCCCCGGGCUUUUGCCCGUCUCGAGCACCUGCAGCGUCAUGACCGAUCCCAUACCAAAGAGAAGCCCUAUGUCUGUGUCCAAUGCCCCAAGGCAUUCACUCGCAAAGACCUUUUGGCCCGUCAUGAACGGCUUUCUCAUCAGCCUGGGGGUAGUCCCGCUAGUAAUCAAACACAGACACCUUCCCCUGCUCGUACCACCAUGGAUGGGCUAGACACCCUGGCAUCUGUCGUCGCUGAUCAUGCGCAAACGGAUCGCCGAACGCUGUUGGGCACUAGUCCGCAAUUCGUAGAGGGCCUGUCAGUGCAUCGCACGCCAAUGAUGGGCACGCGACUUGCAAAUCCCGAAACCCCAUCAGCAGCGCCCCCAACUCCUCUCCCGGGUCCAGAGUUUGGAUACUCCCUCGGUGGCUUCACAGGAUCCUAUGAGGGAAAUGAUUUCACGUCAUUUCUGGAUAGCGUACCUCUACCGAGUCACCCAUUUUCACCGGCAUUCCAGCCCCUGCCUCUCUUUCCGCCCUUGACGUAUUCCCCAGUCACAGACUAUGAUCAGUCCUCGGAGAGAGGUCAACCCUCCGAAACCACAUCGACUCCCUCUAGCUCUGUUCUACCACGGCAUGGGGCUCAAUUGCCAUCUCUUCAGCCAGAGGGCUAUCAAACUACCCCGAAGGCGCGACAGCCGACAGGAUUCGUUCCAGUCACUGCGCAAUGUCGGGAUAAGGCUCUUGCAUCAUUGGCAGAUUAUGCCAAUGUCGUACCAGAUCCAUCAUUACCCUCAAGACAUGCCUUGUCUCGCUGUUUGACAGGGUAUCUGAUGGGAUUUCACGAUCACUACCCGAUCGUCCACAAGCCGACAUUAGACGUUGAUGCAAUGUCACUACCACUGUUUCUAGCCAUGGCAGCAUUAGGUGCGAGGUAUUCUCGGGAACCAGACACAAGCAUGCGUCUCUAUCAGAUUGCUAAACCAGUCACACUCGAACGAUUCCGGCGAGUGUUUCUUUGUGGUACAAUGCCUUCUGUGAAUGUUGCCAAUGACCAAGACACACUGGAACUGCUGCAAGCCCUGCUAAUGUUGAUAUCUGUUUCAUCGUGGUUUAUCAAUAAUCCACCCUAUCAUGAAUCAUUAUCAAUUAGAAGUCACAUGGCUACACUCCUACGAAAAGAUGGAAUCAACCGUCUCCCCGAGUAUGACGGGACUUGGACGAGUUGGAUUCGUCGCGAGUGUGUCAAGCGCACAAAGUUAAUUGUCUGCUGUUUCUUUAAUAUACACACCAUCGUCUUUGAUAUUCCCCCUGUCAUCCUCACCGAAGAGCUUUCCCUGGAUCUGCCCUGCACGGAGAAGGAGUGGCAAGCUCCCCGGGCUGAUAUCUGGCAAGUCGCACGUACCCAAAGCCCCGGGGAACCGAAUCUUCAGGAUGCACUUUCUGCACUAUUCACUCCCAACAGCGGCAUGGAGCGUUUCUCCUCGCUCGGGGGGUAUGUGCUCAUUCACGCGUUACUGCAAGACAUCUGGGUGAUGACCAAAGCAGGCCGUCUCGCCCUCUCCCGCGGUUACCGCCAGGGCUCGUCAAUCGCAUCAACUCCGGAGCUGGUCUCCAUUGAACAAGCUUUGGAACGGUGGUGCCAAUGCUGGGAGCGCAACCAAGAAUCAUCUAUUGACCCAAUGAGCCCACACGGCCCGGUCUCUUUUACAUCAGCCGCGCUCGUUCGGCUGGCAUACAUCCGGCUCAACGCAGACUGUGGGUCAGCUAGGCAACUGCAAACCUGGGACCCUGUCCAGAUAGCCACAAGCCUUAAAGACAAUCUCCGCGUCCAACGUGGGGAUCGUCUGACCCGCGCAGCACUCCACUGCGCCCACGCCCUUUCCACCCCAGUCAAACUGGGCAUUGGAUUCGUCGCCCAUUCGCAGGUGGCACUGUGGUCGAACCAGCACGCCCUAUGCUCACUAGAAUGCGCCGUAUUACUGGCUAAAUGGCUAGAGGCGGUGACGGUUCAAAACCCAAACCCCGGGCUGACGGAGCAGGAGACCCGCUUGCGGGACUUUGUGCUGGAGAUGGUGAUGGAGGUGCAGCAUGGUGUCUCGCGCGAGUGGCUGCUGGCAACUAACACUAGACUCAGUGCGGCGGUGACCCGCCUCUGGGCGCGCCUUUUCACUGCUGACUAUAUUUGGGAGAUGGUUAGCUUGAUUGGGCGGAGUUUGAAUAGUUAUGCCGAUUUGUUGGAGGAGCAGACGUAA